AUGACGCUGGUCUGGAUGGCGUUGAGCCACCUCUGGCAGGUGGAGGCGAGGGAAGGGAAUGGGGCAGUCAUGAUGGAGCAGAAGGCAACCGGCAUUGCCAUCCUGCCCAGCUACAAGCGGCUCUGCCCGGGCGAGAGGCUGCCCGGCUCGAAGCAUGUGAAGGGAUCCGUGCUGCUCCCCGCUCCUCCAAAAGCUGCAUGCAAUUUCAUCAAAUCUCAUGUGGACUCCAGCAGUGUCGAUUCCCUCUUCUAUGCUGCACAGUCCAUCCGGGUCCUGUCUGGCUGUGAGGUUACCAUUUCAAAUGAGACCAGGGAGCUGCUGCUUGCAGCUGUCAGCGAGGAUUCCUCAAUCACCCAGAUCUUCCAUGCCGUUGGGGCCCUGAGUGGCUUUGGCCUUCCUUUAGCAUCUCAGGAAGCACUUGGUGCUCUUACUGCUCGUCUUAGCAAAGAAGAAAAUGUUCUGGCAACCAUCCAGGCUUUGGAGACGGCAUCUUACUUGUCCCAGCAGGCAGAUCUAAGUGGCAUUGUUGAAGAGAUAGAGGAUCUUGUUGCUCGCUUGGAUGACUUGGGUGGAGUUUAUCUGCAGUUUGAAGAAGGAAUUGAGACUACUGCACUGUUUGUUGCUGCUGCCUAUAAGCUGUCGGACCAUGUGGGUACGGAGCCAGCAAUGAAGGAGGAUCAAAUUAUCCAGUUGAUGAAUGCAAUUUUUAGCAAGAAAAACUUUGAGACACUCUCGGAGGCCUUCAGCGUUGCUUGUGCUACAGGUGCUUUAUCCCGGAACCGCUACCACUUGCCUGUCAUUAUCGUCCCCGAUGGGCCUGCAGCUGUGUCCCACCAUCAGCCGGUACUCAGGCUACAAGUGACCGAUGUUAUGUCCCAGCCUCUGACGCAAGCUUCUGUAAAGCUCGACCAUGCCAAGUCUGCAUCUAGCAAAGCCACUGUCCUUCAGCAGACAGCAUUUGCUGUGUCAGGAGACGUCUUUGAGCUGAACUUCAUGAGCGUGAAACCUGCCAGUGGAUAUUAUGAUUUCUCUAUCAGUGUUGAUGGAGAUAAGCGAUUUAUUGCUAACAAAGUUGAGCUGAAAGUAAAAGUUUCCACAGAAGUUGGGAUUACCAAUGUAGAUCUUUCUACUGUGGAUAAAGAUCAGAGCAUUGCGCCCAAAACAACCAGGGUAGCUUACCCAGCCAAAGCCAAGGGCUCCUUCACUGCUGACAGCCAUCAGAAUUUUGCUUUGUCCUUCCAGCUGAUAGACGUGAACAGUGGAGCUGAACUCAUCCCUCACCAGACUUUUGUCCGACUUCACAACCAAAAGACUGGCCAGGAGGUAGUGUUUGUUGCAGAACCAGAUAGCAAGAAUGUAUACAAGUUUGAACUGGAUACCUCUGAAAGAAAAACUGAAUUUGACUCUGCCUCUGGUACCUACACUCUUUACUUGAUAAUUGGAGAUGCCACUCUGGAAAAUCCAAUCCUGUGGAAUGUGGCUGAUGUUGUGAUCAAAUUCCCAGAAGAGGAUGCGCCAUCCACAGUCCAGUCCAAGAACCUUUUUGUUCCCAAACCUGAAAUCCAGCACCUCUUCAGGGAACCUGAGAAGAGGCCUCCCACUGUGGUAUCUAACACUUUCACAGCAUUGAUUCUCUCCCCUCUGCUUUUGCUGCUCAUUCUGUGGAUAAAGAUAGGUGCCAACAUCUCCAACUUCAGCUUUGCUCCCAGCACCAUUGUUUUUCACAUGGGACAUGCUGCAAUGUUGGGACUCAUGUAUGUCUACUGGACUCAGCUCAACAUGUUCCAGACUCUGAAGUACUUGGCCAUUUUGGGUGGCGUCACAUUCCUGGCAGGCAACAGGAUGCUGGCUCAGAAAGCGGUAAAACGGACACACUAGUACGAGAAGAACAGAAGAAAUGGGGAAAAACAAAGCAAAUGCCUUCAGAACAGAAGUGAAUAAAUAACUGAAAGGCCUGAAGAAGGAAGGCAGAAGCAGACUUUUUUUUUUUAUAUUGUCAAAAGGGUGCCAGUUAUACUUUUUUAAAAUCUGAUUUUCAUUGUUGUGUUCAUGCUACUUGUGCUUUUCAUACGAAUCCAGAAAAUCCUUUCUUCUGUGGAUUUCCCCCCCCUCCUUUUUCUCCCAGGACAUUUGAAUUUCCUUUAGAAAAAGAGGAAGAAGAAAAUAUAAUUCUGCCUUUCCCCAGGUGCCCUCUCCUCAUCCUAAACGAUUUGUGAAUAAAGAGGAAAGAAUGGU